UCUAAUUGCUUAAUCUAUCCCCCGAUAUAGCUUAGUUUCUCACUUUCUCAUUUGCGAAGUCUUUGAAUUCUCAACAAUGGCUUUUCUUGGCCUAUCGCAAGCUCGAGCGGUGAUUUUGGCGACUACGGGAGUAGGUGUUGGCGCUGUGGCGCUUGCCUAUGCUAGCCGCAACUUCCUCGACGCACAUUGCGGAAUCCGGCGCGCGUACGAGAAAAAUGCGGCUAUGGCUGACUACCCCGAUCUUCGCCAGCACAACAACCUGAUGGCGAAACACCUGACGCCUCGCCUCUACGUCAAGCUGCGCGACAAAUCUACACCCAACGGAUAUACAUUAGACCAGGCUAUUCAGACCGGUGUGGAUAACCCUGGCCAUCCUUUUAUCAGUACCGUGGGCCUGGUGGCAGGCGACGAAGAGUCUUAUGACACUUUCGCUGAGCUUUUUGACCCGGUCAUCGAGGAGCGUCACAGCGGAUUUAAAAAGUCGGACAAGCACAAGACUGAUCUCGAUUCGUCGAAGAUUCGUGGUGGAAAGUUCGACGAGAAGUAUGUACUUUCCUCGCGCGUUCGAACUGGGCGUUCCAUUCGUGGCUUCAGCUUGCCGCCUCACUGCACGCGCGCAGAGCGACGCGAAGUUGAACGCAUUGUCAACGAUGCUUUAGAUGGACUUGGAGGUGACCUGAACGGCAAGUACUACCCAUUAAAUGGGAUGUCCGACGCACAACAGCAGCAACUGAUCGACGACCACUUCUUGUUCGAUAAGCCCGUCUCUCCGCUUCUAACAUGCGCUGGUAUGGCACGAGACUGGCCCGAUGCCCGCGGUAUCUGGCAUAACGACUCCAAGAAUUUCCUUAUCUGGGUGAACGAGGAGGAUCAUACUCGUGUCAUUUCCAUGCAGCAGGGAGGAGACAUGCGUUCUGUGUUUGACCGAUUCUGCCGUGGCCUGAACCAAGUCGAAGGCUUGAUCAAGAAGAAGGGCCAUGAGUUCAUGUGGAACCAGCACCUGGGCUACAUCUUGACUUGCCCUAGCAACCUUGGCACCGGACUUAGAGCGGGAGUGCACGUCAAGCUGCCAAACUUGGGCAAGGAUAAGCGCUUGGACACAAUACUUGACAAACUUCGUCUUCAGAAGCGGGGCACGGGCGGCGUCGACACAGCUGCCGUCGGCGGUACCUUUGACAUCUCCAACUCGGACCGCCUUGGAUACUCAGAGGUAGAGCUUGUGCAGAAAGUGAUUGACGGCGUCAAUUUGUUGAUUGACAUGGAGAAGCGUUUGGAGAAUGGCAAGAAGAUCGAUGACCUCAUUCCGAAGUAAAUGGUUUUGCCCUGCUUGAUUCCUAUUCUGAACGCUUUAACAGUGCUUUGAAAUUGCCUUAUUCAAAUUAUGGAUUUUAUUUCGACCAAAAUAUUGGUUCUCACACAUUGUCCCUCGAUGCUUAUAUUGAUUGGUUUUUUCUAGGUAUUGUGAAAUAAACUUUAUACAAUUACUA